GUGAUUUGCACUAUGGAAGGGACGUCGGAAAUCGUCUGUCCAUCUCUAUCUGAUGGGUCGAUGGAAACGACGACAAACAUCCAACUCGACCCAGACACCUGUCAUCCCAUCACAACUUGUGGAGUCAGUAACACCUAGAUGGGACUAUUCUAAUGACUCGUAGUCCCAGCCUUUAUUCGAAUCGUGCGACAAGCCGGCCGAACGGCUAUCGACGAAGAUGCCAAGGCCGAUCCAUCGAGUAUGAACGAAACCGACGAAACCGAUUCGCGAGCCUGGGCCACUCUUCGAUGCCGCGCGCGGGAAGAAAACCUACGUCUCGGACGAGAGGAACAACGGAAAGGAGAAAAAUACAGAGAUGAGAGAAGAGGGUGAGGACAACAAGAGAUGUGCAAAGGCGAGGAAGUGGAAGCGGAAGAGAAGGGCUUGUAGUUAUUUUUGGG